GUGAUCACAUUGAACUAUGAAUAAUUAACUUUAAUGUUAAAACCUCUUUUCUGAUGCCUGCCAUUUUUUAUACCGGUUAUAUACUUCAGUUUCAAAACUUUAGGUUUCUAAAUAUUUUAAUUUGAUCUAGUAAAUAGUUGGACAGCAAUAUUUAUUUUCUAAAUUUGCAGGCGCUCAAAGAAUGUGAACUAUUUGUUUAUGAAAUGAAAAAAAAUAUGAAUCCAUUGGAAAAAGGGACAUCAAUUCUAUAAUGUUUGAAACAAAAUUUAACUUUGAUAUAAUACUCUAUCCAGUAAAGAUAGCGAAUCUUAAACUGAACAGUUAAUGUGGUACUACAAAAAUACCCUUUUAUAUUCGUUGAAGCAUCUACAUUAAAAUAUAUGCAUAUUUACAUUAUAAUUUCUUUAAAUCUAUUACAAUCACAUAUUUUCUCAUUGAUACCUUGCGGUUUUCUUCUUUUUCCCUACAUUUUUUUCAUAUUCAAAUAAGCAAAAAUCUUGGUGGCCAGUUUACCUCUUUGGCUGUGUACAAACUCCUUGUUAUCCAAAGAGAUUGAAUUCUGCGCUAAACACUACGGUAGCUCUACAGGUAGUGUUCAUGAUAAUGUUAAGUAAAUUGCAUGUUCGUUAGCCACUUUUUAUAGAAAAAUCCAUUUGAUUAAAUUGUGUUUUAUAUCUCUAAAGCCAGAUAAUCGUUGUGGUGGUUACUUGAUACUGAAGAUAACAGAACAAGUAUUUAUAGCACCGCGGUAUGCAUACGCACCAGUUAUUUUCUAUUUGCCAGGGAGACUGUAUUUUUUACAAGUCCAGUUAUUACUUGGCGUACGUGAAUAUAAAUGUAAGGAAAAUGAUUCUGACAACAUUUAUAAUUAUUGGUGCUUUGUCUGUUAUUUACUAUUUAAUUGGAAUUUACAAUGAGACGUACUGGAAAAAACGAGGCAUAAAAUUCUACAGUAAGAACAAAGUUUUUGGCCCCAUGGGAGAGUUCGUAACUUCAAGUCGAGCGCUAUUUGAAAUUUUUAAUGAUGUUUAUAAAAUGUACCCCGACGAACCUGUUGUCGCAGUAGGUAAUUUUCUUACUCCCGCACUUUACGUCAAGGAUGUAACCAACGUAAACCACGUUUUAAAUGUAGAUUUCAAUUCAUUCAGUCACAGAGGAUUUGAUAUUAAUGAGGGAGAUUUACUCGCAGACAAUGUUGUCUUCAUGAACGGUAAUAGAUGGAAAUUGAUGCGUCAAAAUAUGACACCUCUUUUUACGUCCACCAAAUUAAAGAGCAUGUAUUAUAUACUAGAUCGUAGUGCAUUGGAUUUUGUGGAAUAUUUAAAGAUGAGACCGGAACUGUUACAGAAGGAUACUUUCAAAACUGUUAGCACAUUUUGCUGUGCUGCUAUCGGAGCUUCUGUCUUCGGUAUAGAAAAUGAAUCAGUUUUUGACUCACCUUUUCUUGCAAUGGCAAAUAAGGCCUUUGCACCUACAUUUAGGAUUAACUUUCUGGUUGCCGUUGCCAGUAUGAACCAGAAAUUGUUUAAACUGUUACGAGUAAAAUUAUUUAAAGAUCACGAAGAAUUCUUCAUUGGAGCUAUAAGGCAAGUGAUUCGAAAAAGACAAUCAGAAAACGUUAAGAAACACGAUUUCGCAGAUUUGUGUGUUGGUUUGAUAAAUAAGGGUGCGUUAAAAGAUCAUGACACAGGUUUAGAAAUACAAGCUACUGAGGAAAUAUUGGCAGCUCAAGCGUUCUUCUUCUUCGUCGCUGGAGUAGAACCCAGUGCCACAGCUUUGUACGGUUUAUUAGUUGAGUUAGGCAGGAACCCGGAACCACUGAAACGCCUUCAUGAAGAAAUCGACAAUGCAUUCGAGAAAUAUGAUAAGAUGACAUAUGAUACCAUUACCGAAAUGGAAUAUUUGGACAUGGUGUUCAAUGAAGCAUUAAGAAUGUAUCCGCCUAUAGGGAACUUGAUACGACAAUGUAUUAAGGACACUGUAUUACCAUCUGGAAAUAUUAAAGUCGAAUCUGGAACAAAAAUAUUUACUCCACUAUAUGAAAUUCAUCGUGAUCCAAAAAUUUACCCGGAUCCUGAUGUUUUUAACCCUGAGAGAUUUUCACGUGAAAAUGCAAAGAACAUAAAUAGUAAUGCGUUUAUACCUUUCGGCGAAGGUAAGAGAUUGUGCAUUGGUGUCAGAUAUGCGACUCUACAAGUAAAAUCUGGUUUAGUUCACUUGCUGCGUCACUUUACUGUAAAAACACACAUUGGUAAAGGUGGAAUUAAAUACCAAAAACAGAAUAUACAAGUAAGGCCAACUAACAUAGACGUUCAAAUUAUACCAAGAGAUUCGCGUAAAAAUAAGUAAAGUUGAUUUAAACUAACGGAAACUUCUGUCAAUGGUUAAUAUGUUAUAGAAUACGAAUUUUAAAUAGUUAAAAGUAUUUUUUUUUAUUAAUUU